AUGAAUGUCAUCGUCAUCGCGCACGUGCUUCUAAUCACGACCGUAAACGCGUUCAAUUACAACGAUUACGACGCAGCGAGCCAGGAUCAUCCGUUCUCCUCAUCGUCAGUGUCGAUGUUCCAUGGUUGGUUCUCCGCGACGAAGAAGCCUUCCGUCGCCGAGGGAACGCAGAAAUUGCUGUCCAGCGACAUUCGGUUAGACCACAUGGAAGACCAAGCCCCUAAGAAGUCCCGAGUUCGCGAUCCGGCUGCUAGGAAGCCCAGAGAAGCGAAACGAUUGGAGAACAGUCGAGCUGUAGGUGACUCGUUCGUCAGGAGGGCGCAAUUUGGCGUGUCAGUGCGAGAGAUCGACAAUGAGGAUCGAUCGAUUCCCAAGAGGAGGGAAUCCUGGACUGAAAAUCGCUGGAACGAUGAGAACUCGCGAAACGCUGUCUCUCGGGUGUCGUUCGUUGGAAACGGAGAUCCGAGAGGGACGUUGAGCUUCCUAGGCGCAAAGAGCUCGUUGGAGGAUAUCGCGGUUGUCGAAGACGGACGCCGAAGAAGAAAAAUCGCCGGGGAUCGCGCGGAUGGGAUAGACACCGGAAGCCACGAUUUGAUGAUAUCGGAUGCGACAAACGCUCCGGUGGAAGGGAACCUUGACGACAGGUAUCCGGAGGAUGUUCGCGAAAAAAAUGACGUGCAAGGGUUUCUGGAUCAAUUGAAGAAACGAAUGGUCAGGGGUGAACUGGAAAAAGUGAUGACCGAUUACAGGCAAGGAAGAAGACGGAAGUUUAACAGCCAAGAACAGGGCACGCUGCUGGUCGAAGCCCUGAGGAAGAAACGAAAUUACACUGGGGAUCAUCGCGGUCACAACAACAAUCUUCAUAACAGCAUCAUGGACAUGCUGGGUAGAAUGAUACCACAGACAUGUUCAUACAAAGGAGCGACGUUUGAUUGCGGUCUUAGCAUCAGUUGCGUUCUCGGUGGCGGUCGUCCAGUCGACCUCUGCUCCGGAGGACUAAUUUGGAGCUGCUGCGUCGACGACGACGACAUCCCUGAAAAGAUACCACGACCCACCGUUGGAUUACUGCAGAACGCCACACUUUCGCUAAACUUGGGAAACCAACAUCCGUAUCUGGACGACGACGUACAAAUCUACGAGAACCUGGCUAGGCCUAGCAAACCGAGCAAUUACGGCGGCCAGAACGAGCACCGGCCAACGUACCUGUUCGCGGACGUUUCGAACAAGCCGACGACCGUUUACGAAUCGUCGCAGACCUGGAAUUACGAACGGCCCUCGUACACGACACGGCCGCCGUUUUACCAUCCGAUACAGCUCGAUUAUCCUCAGGACGAAUACGAGCCUGAUUAUCCUGACGCGCAGGGAAUUCACAAGCCGGUCGAGGAUGUCUCGAACUCCGUGGAUUAUUCCAAAUAUCGUGGUUGCGGUGAACUUUACACGAGAAGUAACAGAAUCGUUGGUGGACACAGCUCCAGUUUUGGCAGUCAUCCAUGGCAGGCCGCCAUAAUCAAGUCGGGAUUCCUUUCGAAGAAGUUGUCGUGCGGUGGUGCGUUGCUGAACAACAGAUGGGUGGUGACUGCGGCUCAUUGCGUGGCAACGACACCAAACAACAAUUUAAAAGUGCGUCUUGGUGAGUGGGACGUGAGGGACGCGGCUGAGCGAUUGUUACACGAAGAAUUUAAUAUCGAAAGGAAAGAGGUUCAUCCCCAGUAUUCCGCGACUGAUUUCCGUAACGACGUGGCGUUGAUAAAGCUAUCGCGAACGGUGUCGUUCAAACAGCAUAUCGUUCCCGUUUGCCUGCCAGCGAAAAAUCUGAAACUUUCUGGCCGAACAGCAACGGUAGCUGGCUGGGGGAGAACCAGACACGGGCAAAGUUCAGCACCGACGGUUCUUCAAGAAGUGAACGUCGAGGUGAUCCCUAACGAAAGAUGCCAAAGAUGGUUCAGAGCGGCCGGAAGACGGGAGACCAUUCACGACGUCUUUCUAUGCGCCGGCUAUAAAGAGGGUGGACGGGAUUCCUGUCAGGGAGACUCUGGGGGUCCUUUGACCAUGUCCGUUGAAGGAAGACACGUGCUAAUCGGUCUCGUGUCCUGGGGCAUUGGAUGUGGUCGUGAGCAUCUGCCAGGCGUCUACACAAAUAUACAGAAAUUCGUGCCUUGGAUCGACAAGGUGAUGAGUUAAGCACUAUCUCAAGGCUAAACUAGAAGAAGAAAAA